GUCCCACGCCACCGCCCUCGGCGUCCAGGUCCCCCGAUGUCGGGGCACCGCCCACCCGUCCAGCGUGACGCGGGCGCGGGGGCUCGGGAGUUGUAGUUCCCGACCGGGCGCGGGCGCCGGGACCCGGGCGGCGAGGACUCCACGUCCCGGCGGGCGGCGCGGCUCGGCCUGGGCGCCGGGGGCGGGGCUGCCCGGCCCUUUAAACCAUUCAGGGCCGCUCCGAGGGCCGCAGCCGGGGACGGCGCCACGCGGGGGCCGAGCGGGACUCAGCGGCGGCGGCGGGGCGCUCAGGGGAGGCCCAGGGCAGCUGAUGGUUUUGGCGAAGUACCUUAAGGUAGCUGGGCCCACCCCCUCUUCCCCACCUACCUCUUGUCCUCCCCCCCACACCACCACCACCCUGGCUCCCCUCCCUCAUGACCGCCUGGAUCCUCCUUCCUGUCAGCCUGUCAGCAUUCUCCAUCACUGGCCUAUGGACUGUGUAUGCCAUGGCCGUGAUGAACCACCACGUGUGCCCCGUGGAGAACUGGUCCUACAACGAAUCCUGUUCUCCUGACCCCACUGAGCAAGGGGGCCCCAAGACCUGCUGCACCCUGGAUGACAUCCCCCUCAUCAGAAAGGCCCAGGAAGCCCUGGCCUCACAGGGCCCACCCCACCAAGGGCUAAGGCCACCAGGGCCACUUCUCUUCCGUUCCUUGAAGGCCCAAGGCCGACUCCCACAGAGCCACCCUGUGGCCCUGAUCUGCCUGCUGCGCUACGGGCAGCUCCUGGAGCAGAGCCGUCAUUCCUGGGUCAACACGACAACACUGAUCACAGGCUGCACCAACGCCGCGGGCCUGGUGGUGGUGGGCAACUUCCAGGUGGAUCACGCGAAGUCUCUGCACUACGUGGGAACCGGCGUGGCCUUCAGUGCCGGGCUGCUCUUUGUCUGCCUGCACUGUGCCCUCUCCUACCAUGGGGCCACUGGGCCCCAGGACCUGGCGGUGGCCUACCUGCGGAUUGUGCUGGCAGCCAUCGCCUUUGUGUCUCUCAUCUUCAGUGGGGUCUUCUUCAUCCACGAGAGCUCUCAGCUGCAGCACGGGGCAGCCCUGUGCGAGUGGGUGUUCGUCAUCGACAUCCUUAUCUUCUACGGCACCUUCAGCUACGAGUUCGGGGCGGUCUCCUCGGAGACGCUGGUGGCCGCGCUGCAGACCACCCCUGGUCGGGCCUGCAAGUCCUCCGGGAGCAGCAGCACCUCCACGCACCUCAACUGUGCUCCCGAGAGCGUCGCCAUGAUCUGAGUCUGGGGAGGGUGGCUGGCCCGGCCUCUGCAGCUCCCCACACCCUAUCUCCUUUGCAUUUAUUUUGUACCAAAAAUGAUUUUGCGAAAGUAUUCUGUCGGGACAGAGGCUCCCUCGCUCCUGGAGGAGAGGCCAUCCCACACCCCCCUCUGCCACAGAGGGGCUGCACACAGCCCGCUCCCCACACCGCAGUGUUAUUUUUAGGGUUUAAAGGUCACGUAGCCUCAUUCAGCCAGCCAGCCCUUCAGGUGCCUUCUACUCCCCCAGUGCCAAGGCCAGACCACUGGGGUUUCCUGCUGCAGGAAUUGGGGGCUGGGAACAGCAAGAGGAAUAGCAGUCUAGGGGAGGGGGUGAGCGCUCCUUAGUCUGUGGGAAGGCCCACUUUGGGGCCCACUGAGCUGCACUGGGAUUCUUCACUCUGCCCCUUUCUUUAGGGCAAAUAACACAGCAGAACCACGUGGGUAUUUUAGUAUUUUUUUUUUUUUUUAUAUAUCUAUUAAAAGAAUCCUAAUUUGCA